CUUCCUCCCCCCUGCUUUCUAUCUCUCUAGGAUUUCGAGCUUGACUACUUCAGUGAUACUGGUAGACAACAAUUUUCCAUUCCUCCACCUCUUUUUGCCUAACGUUCCAUCAAGGCUUGUUCUGAGUUCACAGCAUCCGGGGAUUCAUCGGGUGGGUCAAUCCGCUUCCCCUCCAGCCAACUGUCCCGCUGCAUUCGGAGCCAGCGUCAUUCCAGACAACCCUCUUCUUCUUCCUCUUCCUUUCUCUUCCUACCGAUUACGACGGUCCGUUCAACUCUACCUGGCAUUCCUCCCAUCCCGGAAACUCUCGUCAUCGUCUCUUCCUCUUAAACCGACCGUUGCUUCCGCUAUACCCCCGAUCUCUUUACACUUCUUCAUAAUGGACUACAGCAUGGAAGACACUCAGAACUCGGCUCCUGACGCCCACGAGGCGUCCAAGCUCAACUCGUCAGCCCAGAGAACCGACAUUCAGAGCGUCACCAAACGCCUCCAAGCCGAGCUGAUGCAGCUAAUGCUCUCCCCCUCUCCGGGAAUCUCGGCCUUCCCUGACGCCGACGGCAACCUCCUCUCCUGGACUGCCACUAUCAGCGGACCGGCUGAAACUCCUUACGAAGGACUUACUUUCCGUCUUUCCUUUGCCUUCCCCAACAACUACCCUUACGCUCCCCCUACUGUUCUAUUCAAAACUCCCAUCUACCACCCUAAUGUCGACUUCUCCGGCCGUAUCUGUCUGGACAUCCUGAAGGACAAGUGGAGUGCCGUCUACAACGUGCAGAGUGUUCUCCUUAGUCUGCAGAGUCUGCUGGGUGAACCUAACAACGCGAGCCCUCUCAACGCCCAAGCUGCUGAGCUCUGGGACACCGACCAGGAAGAAUACAAAAAACACGUUAUGGCCCGGCACCGCGACAUCGAAGACAUCGAGUAAUUGGUUCGUCUAUAAUCGUCGUCGUCCGUUCGGUUGUUCCCGCAGACAUGGGACGGACCGACUUGCAUUGCAUGAGAUCGGGGUCUGUGCGUUUCAUUUGGGGGCAACGGUUGCAUGGUGCAUUCUAAUCUUCGUCGUAACGAAGUCAUGAGUUCAGCACCGAUGAUUUUUCAGGAGUUUAUGCGUUCGGGGAAUUCUCGUUUGGGACCACAAUUGGAAUGGAAAUACAGGAGCCCGCGCGUGUCCCGGGACAAAUACCCUGCUUUGAUUUUACAAUCAUUCUUAUUAUUACCUGCACAUGAUGUUGGGUUCGUUGGUAGCUAUUACGUAGGCAGUCACUGAACAAAGAGAUAGCUUCCAUUGUAUUUUUC